AUGCUCACGUCUCAAGUUCCCGGCAAUGGCUCAGAAGUUUCAUCUCCCUCGCACCCCGGUUACAACUCCUGUCCUGUUUCUCGCUCCAGUUACAACCAUCUCUCCAUCCACCCCCUCCCCCCAUCCCCAUUGCCUUCCACCCUUCCACCCCGCUUUUUCCCUCCCUUAUCAUUCCAACCUGACCUACCCCGCGCACUUGCUCCCUCCGCCUACCUUCCACAGAAAGAGGCAUUGGAGGAGAUGCGGGGGGAUGUAGAGCGGUUGAAAGGUGAACUUCAACAAGCAGGGGAGCAGCUCGCAGUGGCAGAAAAGGCGAAAACCGAUUUGCUGGUUAAGUAUGAGUGCGUGGAGAGGGAAAAGGUUGCUCUGGAGGGGCGUUUGGAGGAGAGGGAGAAGGAAAGAGAGAGGGAGAGAGGGGAAUUAUUUGGGAGGUUGGAGGAGUGUGAGAGGAGGUUGAAGGAGGAAGAGGAGGGGAGGAAGGAGGAGAAGCAGAAAAGGAAAGAGGAGAAGGAGAAGCGGAAGGAGGAGGAGGGGAAACGGAAGGAGGAGAAGAAGAGGCGGAAAGAGGCGGAGGAGGAAUUGGCACGUGUCAAGCAGCGAUUGGAGGAAGCUGAGGCCAAAUGUGAGAGGAUCGAGGGGGUGAGUGCUGUGCUGAGAGGGCUUGCUGAUGCAGCAGCAGAGGAGGGAAGCGGGUCAGUUGAUAGAAGAAGAGUUGAAAGGGAGGAUGGAAGCAGUGUAGCAGAUGACAGGAGUGAUGAGGCGGAUGGAAGGGUAGCUGGGCGUGACGAUGAAAGGGAGGCGAGUGCACGACUAAAAGACCUUGAACUGCACGCUGUGAGAGCAGAGGGAGAGGCGGAGGGCUUGAGGCGUGAGCUGGAAGCUGUGAAUGCCACGCUGGCAGAUACAAGUGCCAGGCUGGCAGACACGAGUGCUGAGCUGGCAUGCUUGAAAGAGGCAUUGAGGGAGACGGACGCACACGCACGCGUGGAUAAGUGCGGAGAAGAGGGAUUGAGGGAGAGUGGAAGUAGGGAGGAGGGGGGGAGCAGGGAGGAGGUGGAACAGAGGUUGAAAGAGGCAGAAGCACAGAGGGAUGCUGCAGAGAAACAGAGGGAGGAGGCGGAAAGACAAAGGGAGGAGGCAGAGAGGCGAAAGGAGGAAGCAGAGCGGGAAUGGAAGGAGGCGGAGAAGGGACGAGAGGACGCAGAGGAAAGAGUGAAGGGCCUUGAGGGUCGCCUGAAAGUUGCAGAGAGGUCAGCAGCAGGAGACACUCUGGGUUUGAAUGCGAAUGCCGCGCGUGACUCAUUCGGUGAUAACAAUGCGGGAGGUAGAGGGAGUGAACAAAGGAAGGAGGAGCAUGGGAACAGCAGGAAGGGGGUUGUGGGAGAGAGGGAGAGUGUGGAGGGAAACAUGGAUGCCGAAGUGGAGUGCUUCAAAGAGCCUCAGAAGGUGGAAGUGUCGCUUCCCAAGGCACAAUUGUCACCUGGAAAGACAUUUCCCGAGAUGGACCGCGAGGCAGAGCUUGAGUUUCUGCGCAACCUGCGGGAAGAUCUGGAGAGGGAGUUGGACUCUCUACGCAUUCAACUCGAUUGCAAGUCACAGGCCCCUGUUGCUGAUUUGGAUAAGGCUUGUCUCGAAGCUGGGGGAGACCAGAGUAGCAGCCAGCCUACCAACAGCACCUGUGGCUGCACGUGUUGCAGCAGCUGUAGCUGCGGCUGUAGCACCAGGAACGCCAGUACCAGCACCGCCACGAACACCACCAGGAGCAUCGCAGAAGCAGAAGCAGAGAUCGAGCGACUGCACGCCGUGAGAGGAGACCUAGAGAGGGAGCUUGAGGACUUGUACCUGGAGUUGCAACGGGAGCAGGAGCUCUCAGCUGAAGCAAGCCUUUUAGCUGAGAAGGAGUGGGAGCGGCGACAGGAGGCAGUGAAAAUGCUGUCUCAGCUAGAGAGGCAGCUAGGGGAGGCGUUUGGAGGGGCUGUGGCGGAAGGGGGGGUGGUGGUUGAUGCUAAUGGAAGGCCGAUGUCGCCGCUAGUGGGGAGUUUGAGUGGGUCGGGAGCGGUGGGGAGGAAUGGCAGGGGAGGGGGCGUGGGAGGGGUGUUUGUGUCGCCGCUUGGCGGGCCGCGAUUGGAGGGUUCUGGUGGGGAGGAAAGCUGGCCGUAUUUGUGUGGUGGCGAGGUGGCGGAGGGAGCAGAGGGGGGAGCUGAGGAGGGGGAGAUGGGAGGGAUGAGAAGGGUGCUAUUUGGAAUAGAGGAGCGUGGGGAGGAGGAGGGUGCAGCAGCCGGAGAAGAAGAAGAACCAGGUUCUUCGCUUGCCACAGCAAGCACAGGCACACGCACCAGCAGAGCAGCAAGUGUAGUGGAGCGGCUGAGCUUAGAGAAGGAAGAGAAUUACAGAAGGGAAGGGGAGGGAGUUGAGGGGAAGAAUGAGGACGGUGACUGGGAUGAGAUCUGGAGUGAAGGAGACGAUGAACAAGAGCUUGAGGUGAGGCGUGGGGAAGGGGAGAGGCGUGGGGAAGGCCAGAGGCAGGAAAGGGAAACGGAGGGGGCAGAGAAGAGGGAGGAAAGAAGGAUAGGGCAGUCUUGCCGGAUGGACUGGCCUAGGUCACUCACGGAGGAGAGUAGACUAUUUAGUGAGGAUCCAAGUCUCACUGAUGCACACGACCCUGAGCCAAGUCACACCUGCAGUUCCCGGCCUCUGCUGCACAUUCACCCUCCCCCUCGCACGUUCCCUAGAGCCACAUCCGAUUUAGUCACCUAUGUGAGAGACGCUAAGGCUGCGCUGGGGCAACCCUCCUCCCCAGGGGAAGACGAGUUUUUUCAGCACGAAACUGCCGGAAUUGAGGAGGAGAAUGACUGGUGA